CGAGCGUGAGAGAGAAACGAAGAGAGAGAAAGAGCGAGCGCGAGAGAGAGAGAGAGAGAGAGCGCGAAGCGCAGAAGAUAACAGCGAAGAGAGCGGGAGCGAGUACUCGCAAAUAGCAGCGACGCAGAGAUAGAGAGGGUCGUAGUGAGCUCCUCAUCCCCUCGACGCCGCCCUCUCGGCCCUAGAUCUCGCGAUCGACCGCUCCAAUUCGCCGAUCUCCCCUCCCGGCUUCUGAUUCGAUUUGGGCGCUGAGAAAAAUUCCAUCUUUUUUUUUUUGUGUUUUGGGGACGCCGGCGAAGAAUUAGGGUUUGGCUGCGUCGGAGCUUGUGAGGAAUUGGGUUUGCGAAUUCGGUUGCUGCGAGGAUGAGCAUUGACAACCCGGGGGGAGCGAUAAGCUAGGGUUUUUGGGCUGGGUCCCGAUCCUCUCCUAGGGUUUCGCGCUGGAGUUCCAUGGGAGAUGGAGGAGUCGCGUGCGCCCCCUUGCAGCCCGUCAUGGAGAGGCUCGUGCUUGCGCCGCGGAGGCCGAUGAGGAAGAGGGGCGAGCCCGCACCGCAUAAGGGGGAGUUGGAGGAGGGGGAGGUGCAAAAUGGGGAGGUUGAGAGGGGGGAGAGCCAUAGUAAUGGGGAAUUGGAGAAGGGAGCUUUCCUUUCUAAGAAAUGGCGGAAAGGUGAAGCUGACGAUGGAGCUAAUAGUAGUGUAGUCUCCGAUAACAAAAGGAGGAAAGGGGAGGUCGAGCAGAAGGACAGUAGGAGCAAGAAAAGAGAAUCGCAGAAAGCUGGAUCGAGUAGAAUCCAGAAGGUGGAAUUGGAGAAGGGAGAGCUUACUCCGGAUAAAUGGCGCAAAGGUGAGCGAGAAGCGAAGUCCGAGCACUCUCCAGAUGAUACUUAUCAGAGAAAAGAAGGUGGCCGCAGUGAGAAUGAUCACAGGAGAAGGCCCUCUUCGAAGCAGGAUAGUAACAACGCCUAUGCGAGGGAUGCCAAGGGUGGAAGUAAACACGAGAGCAGCAACGGAAAGGUUCGGGAGAAGGAGCAUAAUUCGGUAGGAUUUCCCAAAAUUCCUUAUUCGCCCGAGUUUGAGAGCAGAAACCACAAGCAACAAUAUCCCGAGAUCGCUGAUUCCAAGAGCCGGAGGAAGUCAGAAGAGCAUAACAGUUCCAGUUAUGCUGAAAGGUCCCACAGAAAUGCUUCCUCUUCCGCGGCUAGGCCUUCAGCAACCGGAAGGUAUUCCUCUUCUUCUACUUCUAGGCCGAUAUCCAGUUACAGAGAUCGCAGUCCGAACCAUUUUGAUCGGUCUCCACACGAGCGAUCUCGGCAUCGGGAUUAUAAGGAUCGGACCCCAGGCUGUCGGGAUCGAACUCCACCGCAUGAACGAGAAUUGAGGUUUCGAGAUCGAUCUCGAUCCCCACUGCAUGAUCGGGAAUCGAGGUACCGUGAUAGAUCCCCGGCGCAUGAUCGAGAAUCUGGCAAGAAGAGGAAAGGUGGUGAGAGGCAGCAGCAAAGCAAUAAGCGUGAAGAGAGACCUGUUAUUAGAGAUGAUAAAGACUCCCUGAAGAACAGCUACUCAGUCAAGCAAUCAAAUAAGAGCAGUAGCAGCAGAAGUAUGGAUGAAAAAACCAACAAGGAGAAGGUGUCGCACGGUACAAGCGGUCAGUCUAGUGAGCUUCCUCCUCCCCCUCCGCCGCCACUACCGCCUCCACCUCCCCCUCCAAACCUUCCUCCACCGCCACCUUCACCACUCCCACCUUUUCAAGUUAAUGGACAGGUUCUUGAAGAGCCAUCAUCAAUGGAGGAAGAUAUGGAUAUCUGCGACACUCCUCCCCAUGUUAGUACUAGUUUACCAUCGGAGUCGAACGCUGGUAAGUGGUAUUAUCUUGACUAUUUUGGUAUAGAACAGGGCCCCUCUAAGCUAGUCAAUCUCAAGAGGCUCAUGGAUGAAGGAUUUAUUCAAUCCGAUCAUCUCAUAAAGCAUGGUGACACCGACCGGUGGGUUACCGUUGAGAAUGCCACGUCACCGCUGGUGCCUACGAUUGUGCCAUCUGUUGAUUCGGAUGUGGUGACUCGGAUGGUUAGCCCACCUGAAGCCUCAGGUAAUUUGUUGGGUGAAGUGGAAGAACUUUCCCAGGAAGCACCUAACUUAACAUCGGAUCGGCAAGAGUUGCACAUGGAGGAUGCUUCAGUUGCUUUGGAUGAACUUGGAGAUUUUCACAUUGAUGCUAGGGUUCAAGCUUUGUUGAAUGGUCAUACUAUUGUAGAUGGAAAGGAACUUGAGAGUUUGGGAGAAGCCUUGAACACGACGUUGGAGCCAGCGAAUUUGCAGAACUGGAGUCAAUCUGAAGGUUAUUCAAGAUUCCAAGUGCACAGCUAUGAUUCCUCAAGACAUCCAAGAGAUGAAGGAAUUAAGGGAGGAGGUCCUGGAAACUUUUCAACAGAACCAAAUGAAGUCCAAACUAUUGCACCUUCUCUUGUGGAGAAGGGCUGUGCCCUUGUUUCCGCUGGUUCUACUGAUUGGUUCAGUGGCAGAUGGUCUUGCAAAGGUGGUGACUGGAAAAGAAACGACGAAGUUGGUCAAGAUCGUUGUUUUAGAAGGAAGCUUGUCCUCAAUGAAGGCUACCCUCUUUGUGAGAUGCCUAAAGGCGUCCAUGAGGAUCCUCGUAUUCUCAAAAAGGAUGAUUUAUACCAUCCUUUACACGUUAAGAAGCUCGAUCUACCAUCAUGGGCCUUUUCAUCAACCGAAGAAAAUAUUGAUAGCACAAGUGAGACAAGCAAAGGUGUUGUUAGGGCUUUAAGGGGAGUAAAGGGAACAAUUCUUCCUGUUGUUAGAAUAAAUGCAUGUGUGGUCAAGGAUCAAACCUCCUUGGAACCCCGCAUGAAAUUCAAGGGCAGUGAUUGGCACCCCUUAAGGUCUUCUUCGAGAUCACACUCAAUGGCUAGUGAUAAGGGUUCAGUUUAUGAAGGCUCCUCUCGCUCUAGGAAGCACCAUGAAUAUGAAGUUCAAAGUUUGAACAGGUGCAGGACUGUUCUUAAUGUUCCAAAGGAUCAUGUAUGUACUGUUGAUGAGUUGUCUAUAAAUCUGGGUAAGUGGUACUAUUUGGACGGGGCUGGUCGUGAGCAUGGUCCAUUAUCAUAUUCAGAGUUACAAGAUUUGAUCGCUAAAGGUAUUAUCUUGGAGCAAAGCAGUGUUUUUCGCAAGAUUGAUAAUACAUGGAUUCCAGUUUCUAGAGACUUGAAAUCUUCUGAAGGAGGCCAGACCGGAGAUUUUCACAGCCUGCACCCUCAGUUUAUUGGAUAUACACGUGGCAAGCUGCAUGAGCUUGUCAUGAAAUCAUACAAGAAUAGGGAGUUUGCUGCUGCUAUAAAUGAAGUUUUGGAUCCUUGGAUUAUGGGGAAGCAGCCAAAGAAGGAAAUGGAAACACUUUUCCCGUAUAAUUCUUCUAUCUCGAUGAGUUCUUCUGUUUUAGCCAAUGACCUAUCAGUGGAUAACUUUUUGAGAUCAGACGAUGGCUUGUCUCGUUCUGCAAAAAGAGCACGGUUUUAUGCUGAGGAAAGUGAUGAAGACUCUGAAAUGGGGGAGGAUUUACUUGAUAUUCAUCAUAAUGAUUCCUGUUUUGAAGAUUUAUGUGGUGAUGCUAACUUUGCUGAGGACAGUUCUUCAAUUUGUGGGACAGAGAAUGAGAGCUGGGGUCUAUUAGAUGGCCAUAUUUUAGCGAGGGUCUUCCAUUUUCUGCGGGCCGACAUGAAGUCACUUCUUUCCUCUGCUUUUACUUGCAAACAUUGGAAUUCAGCAGCCAAUUUUUACAAGAGCAUAAGCAGAUGUGUUGAUUUGUCUUCCGCUGGUCUUAAAUGUUCUGAUUUGAUGUUUCAGAGUGUUAUGAGUGGCUAUGACAAGAAAAACAUGAAAUCGCUCAUCUUGGCAGGGUGCUGCAAUAUUACUGCCAGUGCUCUUGAGGAAGUCCUUCAACUGUUUCCAUGCAUAUCUUAUGUAGACAUUAGAGGAUGCUACCAGCUUAAGGACUUGAAAACAAAAUUUCAGCAUGUAAAAUGGAUUAAGAGCUCUGGUUCAUCUUCAAAGAUAAGGAGCCUUAAGCAGAUAACCGAACAGAGCUAUUCUACGUACAUGGGAGAUUUUGAUGAGACUGAUCAAUCGUAUAGAAGAGACCCUUCGAACCUUCCAUUCCGACAGGGAUUUUAUAAACGCUCCAAGUUGCUUAAUGCUAGAAAGUCAUCGGCUGUUCUUUCAAGGGAUGCACAAAUGAGGCGGUGGUUGCAAAGGAAGUCCGGGAAUGGAUACAAGAAGAUGGAAGAGUUUAUUGCCAAUAGUUUGAAGGACAUCAUGAGGGGCAAUAGAUUUGACUUCUUCAUACCCAAGGUUUCAAAAAUUGAAGACAGGAUGAGAAGUGGUUAUUAUGUUCGCCGUGGCUUGAGUUCACUGAAGGAUGACAUAAGCCGAAUGUGUCGGGAUGCAUUUAAAGUUAAAACAAGGGUUGACGGAGGAGAUAUGAAGCAAGUUAUCAUGUCAUUCAUCCAAUUAGCAAAGAGAUUGGAGGAUAACCGGAGAUUGAUUAAUGAGAGAGAUGGCAUGAUGAAGACAUUGAAAGACAGUACUGAUAUGGUUCAAUAUUCUAUGGAAUCCAAGCACAAAAAGAAGCAAACCAAACUCACUAGUGAAAAGAAGGACCGUAGAUUUGACCGAGAAAUCAAGAGAAGUCUCUCUAAAUUAAAGAGCAGGGAUGUUGAUUCUGGGAGCGAAUCGUCUGACGAUCACGAUGAUUUCUCUGACGGAGAUGAUAGAGGUGAGAGCCCGAGUUCGUCUUCGGAUACCGAGACUGACUCAGAAGUGAAUUAUGGACUGUGGGACCUAAAGGGAGAUGGGGGUUUGAAAAUUGAUGAUUCUGUUGAUUCUUGGGCGGAUGACCGCGAGUGGGGAGCUCGCAUGACAAAAGCAAGUUUGGUCCCUCCGAUUACUAGGAAAUACGAAGUUGUUGACAAGUACCUGAUCGUGGCGGAUGAGGAGGAGGUUGAAAAGAAGAUGCGAGUGGCUUUGCCAGAUGACUACAAUGAGAAGCUUCUUGCACAGAAGAGUGGUAUGGAGGAGAUGGAAAUCCCUGAGGUUAAGGAAUACAAGCCUAGAAAAUUACUUGGUGUUGAAGUACUUGAGCAAGAAGUUUACGGUAUAGAUCCUUACACGCAUAACCUUCUUCUCGACUCUAUGCCAGAAGAGUCUGAUUGGGAUCCUACUGAGAAACAUAAUUUCAUUGAAGAGUUGCUUCUGAGAACCUUGAAUAAGCAAGUCAGGCAUUUCACUGGUAGUGGAAAUACCCCUAUGGUUUAUCCCUUACGACCUGUUGUUGAAGAAAUCCAAAAAAAUUCAGAGGAGAGAGGUGACGCACGUACAGUCAAGAUGUGCCAGGCCAUCUUGAAGGCCAUGAGAAAUCGUCCCGAGGAUAAUUAUGUUGCUUAUAGAAAGGGGCUUGGAGUUGUUUGCAACAAAGAGGAAGGUUUUGACCAAAAUGAUUUUGUUGUUGAGUUUUUAGGAGAGGUUUAUCCUGCUUGGAAAUGGUUUGAGAAGGAAGACGGGAUAAAGUCUUUGCAAAAAAAUAAUCAAGAUCCCGCACCUGAAUUUUACAACAUAUAUCUUGAAAGGCCUAAGGGUGACCGCGACGGAUACGAUUUGGUUGUUGUGGAUGCUAUGCACAAGGCGAACUAUGCAAGCAGAAUUUGUCACUCUUGUAGGCCUAAUUGCCAAUCCAAAGUUACAGCUGUGGAUGGACGUUACCAGAUCGGAAUUUACACUGUUCGGCCAAUCGCUUAUGGUGAAGAAAUCACUUUCGACUAUCACUCCGUGACAGAGAGCAAGGAAGAGUAUGAGGCAUCAGUCUGUUUGUGUGGUAAUCAAGUAUGCAGGGGUAGCUAUUUGAAUUUGUCUGGUGAAGGAUCUUUUGAGAAGAUAUUGAAGGAGUAUCAUGGGUUGCUUGACCGCCAUAAACUAAUGUUGGAGGCUUGCGAAGCGAAUUCUGUUUCUCAAGAAGACUACAUUGAGUUGGGAAAAGCUGGCCUUGGUACCUGUUUGCUUGCUGGGUUGCCAGAUUGGCUUGUUGCUUAUUCAGCCCACCUGGUGAGAUUUAUGAACUUCGAGAGAAAGAAACUUCCGGAUGAGAUUCUUAAGUUCAACUUGGAAGAGAAGAGAAAAUACUUUUCAGAUAUAAAUAUCGAAUCUGAGAAAUCUGAAGCUGAGGUUCAGGCUGAGGGUGUUUCUAAUGGAAGGCUUCAAAAUCUGGCGAUUACUCUGGAUAAGGUAAGAUAUGUCAUGAGAUGUGUUUUUGGGGACCCAAAGGAAGCUCCACCUCCCUUGGAGAAGCUUAGCGGUGAAGGGUUAGUUUCAGUGCUUUGGAAUGGGGAAGGUUCACUUGUUGAAGAACUUGUUCUUUCCAUGGCACCACAUAUGGAAGCUGAUCAGCUCAACAUACUUAAGUCGAAAAUUCUCUCCCAUAAUCCAUCUGGUUCUGACAAUAUCCAAAAAGAACUUCGAAAGUCUCUAUUAUGGUUACGGGAUGAGUUGCGGAGUCUCCCAUGUUCGCACAAAUGCCGUCACGACGCUGCUGCCGAUCUAAUCCACAUCUAUGCGUACACAAAGUGCUUCUUUAAAGUCCGAGGGUACAAGACUGUGAACUCCCCCCCUGUUUACAUUAGCCCUCUCGACUUGGGUCCCAAUUAUGUGGAGAAAAUGGGAUCAGGGUUCCAGGAGUACUGUAAGACAUAUGGUGAGAAUUAUUGUUUAGGGCAACUGAUCUACUGGUACAUCCCAACGACUGCGGACCCAGAUAAUAGAUUGUUGAGGGCCAGCAAAGGGUGCUUGUCUUUGCCUGAUGUUUCCUCUUUCUAUACGAAGUCUCAAAAGCCUUUGCGGGAGAACGUCUAUAGCUCAAGAACUACGAGAUUCAUGUUGACCCGCAUGGAGAAGCAGCCGCAGAGACCAUGGCCUAAGGACAGGAUAUGGGUUUUCAAGAGUAACCCUAAAUUCUUUGGGAGUCCGAUGCUGGACACCGUGUUGAAUAAAUGCCCCUUGGAUAGAGAGAUGAUACAUUGGCUUAAGACCCGACCGAAUGUGUUCCAAGGCACGUGAGAUGGUUGAAAGGAGGUUUUGUUAGGAGCAUGAUCAUUGACCCUACAUUCUUUGCAUUGCACCCCUUCUAAUUGUGCGAUUUCCUUUCUAGUCUUUUUUAAUUGCGGAGUAGCAAAAUAGCAUUAAUUCUCUCACCCUUUGUACAGUGUCCUUCCCUCGCCCCUGUAAUUGUAUUGAUUAUUUACUCAGUAGAUUGUUGAUCUAAUGUAGUGCUUUGUUGGAAAUUUGCUCUCACCGACGUUAUUGUUUUUACUUUCUCAGUACUGAUCCAUUUGUAUAAAUCUUGAUUGAUCUGUAGGAUAAAACAGUGAUAAUAGUCAUGAUGUGAUCAUAUUGUCGCCAUGCA